AAGAAGUGGGUGAAGCGGAUAGAAGAGAAAAGUGGAAUUGCACUUGAAUUUUAUUAUUUUAUAAUUUUAAUUAUACGUUAAUAAAUACUACGAGUAUCGAAAAACUCAACAUUAAUAGAAAACCAAAAGGUAUGUAUGUUUGUGUCAUAUUGUCUAUUUUUAAAUUUAUGUUUCCAUUUAAUCAAGUAAUUUUUCAAUGUUUUUAGAACAAAAUGGGACCCCCGAAAAAGUUUAAAAAAUAUGAUUCAAAAACUAGCAGUGACAGAUCAGGUAAGGCAUAGAUAUUAAACAAUAACUGAUUCAUUUGAUGAUUUUGAAACGACAAAAUGAUCAAGUUUACCAUUAAAAGCUUAUUACCAAGACGAUUAACAAUAAAUUAGCACAACUAAAAAUAGAUUAGGUCUUAAUUUAUCAGAAAGGCAAUAUGAUUUAAUUUGAGCCUUUACUCAAACAUGUUUAUAGCCGCAAACAGAUGUAAAAGAAGUUAUAUAAGGAGUAUAACUUACCUGUUAAUAUCCCUUUGAUCAACAAUGGUCAUGAAAAAGGCCUACACGGGAGCGAAGCUACCACCAUAAUAAUAUGGGCGCCUGCACUGUAGGGGCCCCUAAUUACUGUAAUAUUUUUUUUACCAUUCAUUUGUGCAUCCUAACUAAUAUUGAUACAAGGCAUGCUAUGCCACUAGGCCUACAAGAUAAUUUAUAAUGAUAUUUGCUGACUUAUAAUCAAAUUCACAACUUAUAAGUAAUUUCUUAAUCUAACAUUUUGUAAUUGCCGGUUCUUAAUAUGGUUUAUGAAUUUCAUUAUUGUAGGUAAGAAGAAAAAAGUUGAAGAAGAUACAACAAUAGAUUUGGUAGAUGAUGAUAAUACAGAAAAUGUUGGUGUACCUGGAGCGGCCAUGCAAGAUGCUGAAAAAAAUGAUCAAGUACCUGAAGAUGAGUUUGGAGCCAAAGAUUACAGGAAUCAAAUGACACUAAAACCAGAUAAUGCUAGUCGCCCAUUAUGGGUGGCACCCAAUGGACACAUAUUUUUGGAAGCUUUUUCACCGGUUUAUAAACAUGCUCAUGAUUUUUUGAUUGCAAUAGCUGAGCCUGUCUGCAGACCUCAACACAUUCAUGAGUACAAGUUGACAGCAUACAGUUUAUAUGCAGCGGUGUCAGUUGGACUGCAAACUGGUGAUAUUAUUGAAUACUUGCAAAGACUCAGCAAAUGUGCUGUGCCUGCUGGCAUUAUAGAAUUCAUACAGCUCUGCACUCUCUCAUAUGGAAAAGUCAAACUUGUUUUGAAACAUAACAGAUAUCUAGUGGAAAGCAAACAUGUGGAAGUGCUACAAAAGCUUCUGAAAGAUCCGGUAAUCCAGCAGUGUCGGCUAAGACGCGAUGGCGAUGACGAUCUCCUGACGUCAGCUCUACCUACACGCGCUGCAACCGCUACUGCCAGCGGUGCCACCACUAACACAAGUGAGGAGGCUAAGCCAGCAGGGAAUGGUACUGUACCCGAAGACAUCAGCCAGUUCUACCAACAGCUGGAUAAAGACGACGACGACGACGAAGCGACCGAUGUCACCGCCAAUACCGCGGUAGCCUUUGAAGUUGACCCUGACAAAAUAGAAGUAAUACAAAAACGUUGUAUUGAGCUCGAGCAUCCACUAUUAGCGGAAUAUGACUUUCGCAACGAUACGGUGAACCCUGACAUUAAUAUAGACUUGAAACCCACCGCUGUGCUGCGCCCUUAUCAGGAGAAGAGCCUCAGAAAAAUGUUUGGGAAUGGCCGAGCUAGGUCUGGCGUGAUCGUGUUACCGUGCGGGGCGGGCAAGUCGCUAGUGGGCGUGACGGCGGUGUGUACCGUGCGUAAGCGGGCACUCGUUCUAUGCAACUCCGGCGUAUCUGUAGAACAGUGGAAACAACAGUUCAAGUGCUGGGCAACAGCUGACGACAGUAUGAUAUGCAGGUUCACAUCAGAAGCGAAAGACAAACCAAUGGGCGCUGGUAUACUGAUAACGACGUAUUCAAUGAUCACUCACGGUCAGCGUCGAUCUUGGGAAGCGGAGCAGACUAUGAAAUGGUUACAGGCGCAGGAGUGGGGGCUUGUAGUACUGGACGAAGUUCACACUAUACCGGCCAAGAUGUUCCGACGAGUUCUUACUAUUGUACACUCUCAUGCUAAACUAGGUUUAACGGCGACGUUGCUCCGUGAGGAUGACAAAAUAGCUGACUUAAACUUCCUCAUCGGUCCGAAGCUGUACGAAGCCAACUGGCUGGAGCUCCAAGCCGCCGGUUAUAUUGCUCGCGUGCAAUGCGCCGAAGUAUGGUGCGAUAUGACGCCAGAAUUCUACCGCGAGUACCUCAUUCAAAAGAUCAACAAGAAGAUGCUUCUCUACGUGAUGAACCCCACAAAGUUCCGCUCUUGUCAGUUCCUGGUUCGUUAUCACGAGCGUCGCGGUGACAAGACCAUAGUGUUCUCAGAUAACGUGUUCGCGUUACGUCACUACGCGGUCAAGAUGAACAAACCAUAUAUAUACGGACCCACGUCGCAGGGCGAACGUAUACAGAUAUUGCAAAACUUCAAGUUCAACCCUAAAGUUAACACUAUAUUCGUGAGCAAAGUGGCCGAUACUAGUUUCGAUUUACCAGAAGCGAAUGUGCUUAUUCAAAUUUCGUCGCAUGGCGGUUCUAGACGACAAGAGGCGCAGAGAUUAGGUAAAUAAUUUGUAUAAAAAAUAAUUUGUAAAUAUUAGACUUACGCCCAGUUGCAGAACCGUCCGGUAUGGUUUAAUGACGACUUUUAUCUAAUGAAUUUUCUAAAUUUUGUAAAUUUGUAUCGGUUAUCAGUCAGUUGCAUAAACGCCCAUUAACAUGUUAAUGAGUUAAUGCCACAUUACCCAUACAAUUUAGAAUAUUCCUUAGUGCUUAAAGUCGCUAUUAAACCUUAAUGAACGUUUCUGCAAGAGCAGUACAUGCAUUGCUCAGAUUCCAAGAUGAGUAGCUAAAGCCUUCGUAUUA